CUUCAGCCUUCAUGGCUGCCGCGAGUUUGUUCUUGCGGUAACGCGUCGCCUUCCUCUGAUAUUUCCUCUCACGCUAUAGCUUUUGAUUGUCACCACAAUGUCAAUAAAGGAAUUAAUUUUUUAAAUUUGCUAGGGGUUCGUUGUCUGUCCGCGCUUUGGGUUUCAUCGGAUUGUCCAAUAAUCGUCUUCCCCAUUUUCUCACACUCUUCCAUCCUCCAGUUCAUCACCGAAGGUCUUACGUAAGUGCUGCAACUGAUGAAGAGGUUUCUGCCAGGAUUUCUGUUAUAACUGCCAAUACUGAAGCCCCUACAAUAUUUGAUAAAAUAAUUGCUAAGGAGAUACCUUCGACCAUUGUAUAUGAGGAUGAGAAAGUUCUUGCUUUCCGGGAUAUCAAUCCACAAGCUCCCGUUCAUGUUUUAAUUAUUCCAAAAUUAAGGGAUGGGUUAUCACAACUUAGUAAGGCUGAAGAAAGACACACAGAGAUCUUAGGUCAUCUUCUCUUUGCUGCCAAAGUUGUACCAGAGAAGGAAGGAAUCCUUGACGGCUUUCGGGUUGUUAUCAACAAUGGCCCUCAAGCAUGAAAGUAAAAACAUGAGAAAUAUUUUAGAACGAGCUACAAAGAACAAUGGAACGAUUUAUUCAGUACAUCGAGUACAAAAAUAGGUAGAAGUGAGCAUGGUAUGUUAUGGUACCACAACAAGUUUGUACUGAUAUCACACCACUUUAAUCGGUUCGAUGGGUGGUGAAAGACCCACCAGGGACUCGGAAUACAACACUUGCUAUAAUCGUCCCUCUGUUGAUGCCCCAAACUAAACUGCUCAGGGUGGACACCACUUUGAGACCUGUGGCAAAGCAAAUGAAAAUGAUGAGGAGACAACUACUGUGGAAACAUGUACUGCCCAGUGCUGAAGACAAAGUUGUGUUGGUAGAGAUUGAACAAAUCUGUGUUGCUGAGGAUGCUUUGGAGAAGAACCAAAAUCGAAGUGACACGAACCCUAAUUCCAGAAUUGAGAAAACCUGUGAGGCACACAAGCUGUCCCCCAAGACACAUUUGGAAGGCACACAGUACGAAGAAGAAUUCACAUCCCUCUCUAAAGAGUCUUUAACUGCUACAAUGGAUGAAAUUCCAGCCCAUAGUUAUAAUAGUGAUGCACACACUCUUUCCAUCAAGAAAGAGAUGGAUGUCACACUAUCCCCUUCAAUCAAUGGAGAUGAUGAGACUAUUUCUAAUCCUACACAUAGCACAAAUCUUUCCCCACAUGUAACUAUUGUUGCAGGUUAUGACCCAACUACUAUUGGCCUUGUUCUUCACUCUUUUGAGGUGGAUGGACAACACUAUGAAGUCAAGUCCUACAUUGAAGAAGGGGAGACAAGUAACCAAAGGGAGGAAACACCUAAUGACUUCCAAGAUGUCUAGAACAGACGCAGCAAAAGACCGGGGAAGAGGGGAACUGCACCAAGGACAAUUAAAACUAGAAGCUAUGAUUCAAAUCUUAAAGUUGGAACGGUGAGCGAGAUCACUAGACACUGGCCUAGUCGCAAAUCAACCACAAUGGAAAAAAUCAUCACUCCUAAAAGUUACUCUGUGCCCUUUUGGUAUGUUGGACGCGUCAGCCCAAUAAGGGCAGAUGGGAAAA